CUGGCAACCCUCCUGCGCGCCAAACACACGCAUCAGGUUCUUCUUACGGUCGGUUUUUUUUUAUUUCUGCUGCUGAGCCGGAAUACACAGCGGUAAAACCUGUUCUCACAAUGGCUAAAAUAUGUACGAUAUCUGACAGCGAGUCAGACACAUCCAGCGAUCAAGAAGAUACAAAGCACUCAAAAGACAACCGGGAAGCCGAAGCGUCGCUUUCUGGGCCCCGCCUACGUGUUUCGCAGACGCCCCGAGGAGAGCAAAUGGCAAGAUAUAGGAAUUUAUCUAUAAAUGAAGACGACUUCCAGGAGGCGACUGAAGGGAGAGCUGGAGCCGGAGAUGGAGAUUCUUUCCGACCGCGCUCCCGCUCAGCACCUCCGGCUUUUUGGGCCGCCAAGAAAUAUGGCAGAGAGCUGAGGAAAAUGAGCGAUGAGUUUGACACCCUCCUGGACAAAGGGAUGAAGAGGGUAAAGAGUGCAGGUGCAGCCACCCAGAUGCGGACCUCCCUGAGCUGGUUCAGCUCCCUCUGGAGCCACAAAGAAUCAGACACUGAGACACUGUCAGCGCAAAACACCCGACCUGCAGAGUGAUUCAACACUGGGCCACAUGAUGAAAAAGAGAGCGCGCACUGGAUAUGCCAUAUAUAAGGAAGGAAGGGAAAGUGUUCAGAACCCAGUAGGGAAGGACUGAUUCUCUGUCUUCAUGGACUAGUUUAUAACUUUUCUCAGAAGUGGCUGGAUAUUGGGACCUUGAACUAAUCACAGUCACAGACCAACAUCACCUGGGUGAUGUUUAUUACUACAGUUAAAAAAAAAAAAAAAAAAAACAUCAGAGAUUCUGGGGCUUCUAUUCAAGAUUUCUUAUGUGAAUGAACAAUUUACUUAGUGUGUGAGGUUCAGUGAGUACUACUGCCACCUUUGAGCACUUUAGUAUGUAUUGGCUAAUGAACUCUAAAGAAAAACAAAUGCAGUACUGAACACAUCCUUUAGCUAUUUUUACAAAUUUGUAUUACCCUAUUUAAUAGAUAAAGCCUUACUUGAAAGAUUCAGAAAACAUACUGAUCAAAUUAAUAAUAAAACAUAAACAAUAACUGAUCUUUGUUUCCUGUGUAUCUACAGUAUGCAAGGGUAUGAACGGUGGCUACGAAGGACUUUGGACGGUUUUAUGUACAUUUUAUGCCAUCUCUAGCGCAAUAAAGACUGGAGACAUAACAGGGCCUUACUUUUAUAAAUAUUACUUGAAAAUAUAAAAAUAAAUGCCUUGUAAUGCUUUUAUGCUGUUAAGAAUAUUGACUAGCCUACCAAUGUAUUUUAUAACCACUACAAUGUGAAAAAAAUAAAUGACUUUAUUA